UCCGACGCCAAACAGAGAAGUCUGAUCGCCUUCCAAGCGUUUGCACCGGCGUGUCCCCGCCAGUAGAGCCAUGGCGAAUGGCAAGACUUUUUCCAGACGACGCGGCGCGCUGGAUGAGCAAUUGUCCUUGCUCGUGCGCUCGCCUCCAACCCCGUGGAGGCAGCUUCUCCGCGUGUUAAACUGGGGUCUGGAUCUGGGGUAAGAUUGUGUAUAUGAAGCAGCCCUGCACCCUUGACUUCAUCUUUCCAUCGACCAGACUCUCGGAUCCUGUCUCAUCGCCUCGCCUCCCAUUCCAUCUCAUCUCCCUGUUUCUCAACCGUGUGAUAAGAGUCGGGCACUACUCGGAAAAGUUUUUUCAUCAUGGGCAUCCUCGCCUUCAAGGAGGACAGGCCGACGCCUAAGGCCGUCUACAACUGGCGCGUCUACAUGGCCGCAUCUGUCGCGUCGUGGGCAUCAUGCAUGAUUGGCUACGACUCUGCGUUCAUCGGCACGACACUUGCGUUGCCGUCCUUUGUGAAGGAGUUCUCGUUCAACAAGAUGGACCCUGACGAAUUAGCCCUCACAAAGGCCAAUAUCGUGUCGGUCUACCAGGCUGGUGCCUUCUUCGGAUCCUUCGGCGCAUAUGCUUCCAGUUACUACCUAGGCAGGAGAAAAUCGCUCCUGAUCUGGUGCACAGUCUUCAUCCUCGGUGCUGGUCUCAUGCUCGGCGCGAACGCAGAGCGCGGUCUCGGUCUUAUCAUCGGUGGACGCGUGCUUGCUGGUCUGGGUGUCGGCGGCGCAUCGAACAUGGUUCCCAUCUACAUUUCUGAGCUUUCGCCGCCUGCGGUACGAGGAAGACUCGUCGGCAUUUACGAACUUGGCUGGCAGAUCGGUGGGCUCGUAGGCUUCUGGAUCAACUACGGGCUGCAAGAGACAAUGGAGCCAUCGCACAAGCAAUGGAUCAUUCCCUUCGCGGUGCAGCUCAUUCCCGCCGGCUGCCUUCUCAUCGGCGCCAUCUGGAUGAAGGAGUCUCCCCGCUGGCUCCUGAGCAAAGGCAAGCGCGACCUCGCCUUGAAGAACUUGUGCUGGAUCCGCAACCUGCCUGCCGACGACCUGUAUAUUGUCGAGGAAGUCGCCGCCAUCGAUGCGCAGAUCGAGCACGACCGCAUCCACGUGGGCGCAGGUUUCUGGAAGCCUUUCGCUGCGCUCAAGCAGCGCAAGGUCCAGUGGCGCUUCUUCCUAGGCAGCAUGCUCUUUCUGUGGCAGAACGGCUCCGGCAUCAACGCUAUUAACUACUACUCCCCCACCGUCUUCAAGUCCAUCGGCGUCACCGGCACGAGCACCGGCUUCCUCACUACCGGCAUCUUCGGCGUGGUCAAGACCGUCGUGACCGUGAUCUGGCUCCUCUGGCUCAUCGACCGUCUCGGCCGCACCAAGCUCCUCAUGAUCGGCGCAGCCGGCGGCUCCGUCUGCAUGUGGAUCAUCGGCGCAUACAUCUGCGUCAGGGGUGCCGACACCAAGAACCCCGCCGCACAGCUGUCAGGCGGCGGCAUCGCCGCCAUGUUCUUCUUCUACCUGUGGACCGCUUUCUACACCCCCUCGUGGAACGGCACACCCUGGGUCAUCAACUCCGAGAUGUUCUCCCAGAACACGCGAUCCCUCGGCCAGGCGUCCGCCGCAGCCAGCAACUGGUUCUGGAACUUCAUCAUCUCGCGGUUCACCCCGCAGAUGUUCAACAAGAUGGGCUAUGGCGUGUACUUCUUCUUUGCCUCGCUCAUGAUCUUGUCUAUUCCGUUUGUGUACUUUUUUAUCCCUGAGACCAAGGGUAUUCCGCUCGAGCAUAUGGACGAGCUGUUUGAAAUCAAGGGCACGCGCAAGGCGCAUGGAAUCAUGAUGGAGAGGCUGCAGCGCGAGGGCGAAGAGUUUAGACAUGAUGCUGAGGGUGCGGGAUUGACGGUCGAGAAAACGAAGAAUGAGCAAGUUGAGAGCGUUUAGAUGGAUUAUGGUGAAAGGUAGAGUGCUGUAAGAAGUUAGAUCACGUUCG